UGGCCGCCUCCAUGGACGCUCCAUACACGCUGCAGCUUUAGAGAAAACGUGCUAUAUUUCUAGGUAGGGCGGAAGGAUAAAGAUCUUAACGCUAGUUAUUUUAAAACUAUAUUGUUAUCUCUGUGGAGCAGGAUGGCUACGUCAGUUAAAGCUACGAAGAAGGAGAAAAAGAAGCCAGUCAGGGUGAAAACGUCCCUUAACAACCCGUACGACAUAAAGUGGAAGCCGUUAGAAAAAGGGAACGCGCGAUUCAUCCUGAAAACAGUGACAGAGAAACUCAGCUCGCUCGAUCUCCGGAAGCGACACGUUAAAGUUUUUCGCAAGUGGCGAAGUAAAGAAAAGGCCAAGAAAAGAAACUCUGAUUCGGUGGACACCGCUGAACCGACUCAGGAAUCAAAUAAUCUAGGUGGCUCGGAUUCUGUGGACAACGUUGAACCGACUCAGGAAUCAAAUAUUCUAGGUGGCACGGAUUCUGUGAACAACAUUGAACCGACUCAGGAAUCAAAGAUUCUAGGUUGCACGGAUUCUGUGGACAACAUUGAACCGACUCAGGAAUCAAAGAUUCUAGGUUGCACGGAUUCUGUGGACAAGGUUGAACCGACUCAGGAACCAAAGAAUCUAGGUGGCUCGAAUUUUGUGGACAGCGUUGAACCGACUCAGGAAUCAAAGAAUCAAGGCUGGACCGAUAAGCGCCUAAGGAAAGAGCUCGCCAUCGGCAUCAACGAGGUCACGAAAUGCCUGGAGAAGAACGAGCUCGGUCUGGUUCUGGUGUGUGACUCGGUAAAGCCCGCACACAUGACUAGCCAUCUUAUCUCGCUGAGUCAAACCCGCUCGAUUCCCGCGUGCCAAGUGCCGAGUCUGAGCGCGAGUCUCGCUGGACCGCUCGGUCUCACCAGCGUGUUGGCGCUUGGGUUCAAACGCCAAAGCGGCGCGUUUGCGGAUACGAUCGCGGCUCUCACGCCUAAAGUGCCUCUGUUCGACGUGUCCUGGUUGUCUACAGAGACGUCUGAACCGGAGAGAAGGAGAAAAAGAAAACUGGAAGAUUCCCUUGUUGUUAAAGACCCAGUCAAUUUACUACAACCUCUUAAAGUGAAGAAAAUCGUCCCAAAUCCUUCAAAAACCCGCAAACUGAAGACAAAGAAAGCGAAGAAGUGACAAGCCAUCGAACAUGAACAUUUCUCAACACAUGGACGAUUCCUGCCCUCUUCAGAUCCCUGGAAUAAUGCCACUUUAUUCCACUUAGACAUUUUCAUGAGGCAUGAGCUCAAGAUCUUUAUUUAUUUUGUGGCAAUGAAAUAGUGAAGCUCAGAAAUGAGCAUGUAAACAAAUCUAAUUUAACAGUGUGGUUAAGAAUAAAGAACAUAAGAGAAUCUAAGCACUGAUCCUCGGUCCUUUACAGCGUAUGGUGCGUCUCAUCAUCUUUGUCUCAACGUAUUAAACACCAAACACCACACAGAUUAUACAGCUUUGUUUGAGUGAGUGAAUGAGAGUUAUUACAAGUUCAGAUCAAUUUUAUUUUAUUCAAAUAUCCAUGCUGGUAUUCAUUGAUGUAUCUUUUUAUAACCAUAUUUGGGUGGCCACCGUGUUUGACAUGGUGCUGGUACGUUUUCUUUCAACCUGUUAAGUUCACGCAACCUGCAAUGGAGUUUAAUAAAAAUCUUCAGAGAAA